UAUGAAUACAUCCUCAAAACCAUUUAUUAUUAGACACAUACAGGAGAACUAUUUAGUUUCAUCUGAUUCUUCUUCAUUCAAUGCAAUAAUAGAAAAAAGAAUAUAAUUUGUACAAGGAGCAAAUACUUUUAUAGCAGUAUUAAUUAAUUUUAAUAUUAGGUGAUGUUGAGUUAUGAUAGUAUAUAGCAUGGAUUCUAAUUUUUCCAAUAUUAUGAUAAGUGUUUAUCCUAUGCUUAUAUGAUAGGGGCAUUAUUAAUAGGGAAUAUAUUUUGGAUUUUGUGUUCAAUUUUUGGGUUUUAUUCAAUUGAUGCAAAGAAUUCAUAGAAAAUUCAUAGGUAUAAAGCAUAUAGGACUAGGGAUAUUUUUGGACAUUAUUAUGGGUAUUAUUCACUAGAAUUCUGGUUUAUGGAUAUAUGGCAUAUUAAAUGAAUUAAUUUCGUUUAUAUCCUGAAUCUGAAUAAGUAAUUAGUGAUAUUGUCUGUGAAUCACUUAAUCAAACAGGAUUAAUUAUAAUACAAAUUACAAUAGAAUCUGUAGUUUUGUUGAUUAUGAUUUAUUUCUCACAUUCCAUUCGACAUUAUAUAAGAUGUAAAUUUGAAAUAUAUAUAUAAUAUUAGUGUGGGAAUUCAAUGAAAAUUCAAAGAAUUGGGG